AUGGAUAGGGAAAAACACAUCAAUGUUGCCGCAUCCACCUGUUCUUCACCAGUCCGUGCUGGAAGUUGUUGGUCUGUUGAUUCUGCCACGUUGUGGAACGAAUCGUUCACAUUUGGGGCGACGGCGGCGAUUGAGCAGGAAAGCGAUGAUUUCAGCAAGUGCCCCUCGCCUAUAUCAUACAGGAAUGCAUUUGAGUUUCCAGCACUGAGGGACUUGGUAAUGGAAAGCACAUUUGACGGAACCGAAACAUCGGAGGCUGGCUUUGGUCAGGGCACGUCACCUGUAUUGGGCAUGUCGCAGGUUCUGCACGCCCGGACGGAAACUCCCACUUUCCUGACAGUGACGGACCUGCGUGACACAAAUAUAUCGAGAACGGCGUGUGAGGUGGCAGGUAACUUGUUCGGCGAUGAUGCAUCACCAACUGUUACAGUCGAAGCUGCGGUGAACAAUUUCUCUUGCGCAACACCAUAUAGUGCGCCUACCGGCAAUAGUAUUAACGCCAACGUGCCCACCCUUGUGGUUGAGCUUGCGGGCACAGUUCCUAUGCAGUCGCGAUCACUGAUGACUUUGCAGCAGCAUACCACAGUUCCAGGGACCACAACUAAUACUGCUGCCAGCAGUGCCAAUAACGCAACCACGAGCGCAGUUGCUGCUGCGGCUUGGGCCGUGGGAGGCGUGGGUAUUCCCUAUGUUGAUAGCGGCACUCCACAUACGGAUGGUGUCAUAUCGUCCAGGUACCCCUCUGCAAAUGCGUCUUGUCAAACCCCGUCAUCAUUUUCAAGGAGCUGUAUAGCGUGCAGAACGCCGGUUGCGGUGGAACAGCGUCUCAUGCAUUUGAGCACCAAAAAUCCUGGUGUUUCACAGGAGGGUUUUUUUCUCUUUGAGGGUAAUCGUGUCGUUGACAGCAACAGCAACAGUGACAGUAACAACAAUACUAACACUUGCCGUGACCAUGGAACUCGUUCUCUGGCGAUAGGACAUAAUAAUGAGGGCGGGAAAAAGUACCCUACAAGUUCUUCUCAGACGAAUACUCGUAACCGCCCCAUUUCAAAACAGUUAUUGUUUGCGACAACUGCCUCAACUAAGGCUGAAUCCAUGAAAGAACAGUAUCCUAUCAAGGUACCCAGGAAAUCCACCAAUGUUUACAGUACACUGCAAGAUAAGCUGAAGUAUGUGCCCUACGGGACAGCUUUGCCCACCAAUGAACCACCAAAGGUAGACGAGAGUUUCGGAAUGACGGGCACAGAAAAUUCGAAUAUUGCUCUCCUCCACGACGCUGACAAUAUAAAAUUAUUGGAUAAAAACCAGUUAAUACCAAUGUUUAUUCAAAUGUUUCCUUGUGAAUUGAGGGAUCGCACCAUUAUUGUCCUAAAUCGCGUGGUUGAGGCAACAUGUGGCCCUGACAUUGCCACUGUAGUGGCUAUUGAGCCGCGCUUCGAGACGUCGUUUAUCGCGUUCAUUCGCACAAAUAAUGUUUGGCAGCUGAUCCACAAACUGCGUUGUCGUGUGCUGAUGGACCGUCAUGGUUUUUGGUACGCCGAGAACAUGGAACAGUACUUGCGGCUCAAGGAAUAUUGCGAGAGUGUGAGACGGAUGCCGCAGCAGAUGCGCCACUUCCAGACUGACGGGUUGCCGUGCAUGCCGCUGGUGGUGGAGCUCUCGCGAAGUGUGAACGCGGCGUCCGUGACGUCUCCCCCUGCCCUGCCGCCGUUUGACGAGGUGGCGCCGAUUGCCACGAUGGAACGUCGUCGCAUGAAGUCACGCAAUCGAUUAUGA